UUUUACCAACCUUGAAGGCUCAUUACUAAUGUUGAGUUUUCGCUGGUGUAAGUGGGAUGAAGAGAGGAGAGAAUAAUUCGUCUGCAUGGUUGGUUACCUGCAUUGAGAGAUAGAGCCUAUUUUCCCUUGGGAGGCCGUGAGACGUGGGGGGACAGCGGUGGAGGCAAAUUUAGUGUGUGUGUGUGUGUGUUUAUACAUGUCUGUGUAAAAGCGUCCGUGCGUUUGUUCAUGCGUUUGAGUGUGUGCGCGCCAUGUGUGAUAGCGUAGCAUGAGUGCAGCGGUGCAGCGCUACCCUGCUACAAAGACCGACGAAGACUGGGGAGAUAGUACUGUCGCCUUCUUCACUUCCUCCGAAAAGUGUGUGCGCGCGCGUGUGUGCUGUGAGGACACGGAACGAGUGAACGAGACAGAAGAGGAGAGACUGAGAGAGGGGAGCGACAGUGUAUCAUGCAUGUGUAUUAACUCAGCUACCCGGCAGAAGCAGGAGCAACAGCAGCAGCUGAGAGAGAGGGAGUUGGAGGGAGGAGAAAAAUAAGCUCAGGCGCAGGCUGACAAAAGCUGCAGAAGGUUCUUGCCCUCCACUAAAAGAACAAGGAAAACAAAAGGAGGUGGGAGGCAUGCAGUACUGAACAUACUAGAACCGGAAUACCAGACUCCCCUUUCCUCAUCCACCUCCAUGUUUUGGAGGGGGAUUCUACACUAGUCCAUUUGACAGCCUUUUUUUUUUUUUUUCUGAAUAGAAAGAAAGGAUGUCAGUGUCAGGGAAGAAGGAGUUUGAUGUGAAACAGAUACUAAGGCUUCGUUGGCGCUGGUUCAGCCAUUCCUCCCAGAGUUCUGCUGGUGGAGGAGGAGGUGGAGGCGUAGGAUACCUUCAAGAGAGCUUCGAUCACAGAGGGACGCCUGUCCAGGCCAGACUAAAGAGUCACUCUCGGGACAGAGGUGGCAGUGGAGGGGGACUCCGGAAGCAGAACAGCAACAGUCCGGUCCAUAGUAUUCUGGUGCCCCCACCUGGACCAACACCUGUCUAUGUCAGAGCCAGUAAUCAACCGUGCCACCAGCCAAACAUUAUUCAGAACCUGCAGCAGCAGAGCGACGGGGAACUGCCUAAAAACAGCAGCUCACCUAACAACACCAGGAAGGAGGAUGGCUUCAAGAGCAGCCUGGAGAAUGAGAAGAGUGUAGAGGAGUCCUUAGAGGCAGAAGCAAGAGACAGGUUGGCUCUGAGCAACUGCUCCAGGAUGAGCUCCAACCGCUCGGAUGAGUUUUUCCAGGCCACAAACCAUGCUGAACAGACCUUUCGCAAGAUGGAGACAUAUCUCCAGCACAAGCAGCUGUGUGAUGUUCUUUUGAUAGCAGGAGAUCACAAGAUCCCAGCUCACAGACUGGUCUUGAGUGCAGUGUCAGACUACUUUGCUGCCAUGUUCACCAGUGAUGUUAGAGAGGCCAAUCAGGAGGAGAUCAAGAUGGAGGGUGUAGAUCCAGAAGCCUUGGGCUCGUUGGUUCACUUUGCAUACACUGGUGUCCUGGAACUGAAGGAGGAGACAAUAGAGAGUUUACUGGCGGCAGCCUGCCUAUUGCAGCUCUCACAAGUCAUUGAGGUUUGCUGUAACUUUCUCAUGAAACAACUCCAUCCGUCUAAUUGCCUGGGGAUACGUUCAUUCGCUGAUGCCCAGGGAUGCAUGGAUCUGCUAAACGUGGCCCACAACUACACCAUGGAGCAUUUCCUGGAGGUGAUUCAGAACCAGGAGUUUCUCCUGCUUCCUACAUCGGAAAUCGUCAAACUCCUGGCCAGCGAUGAUAUUAACGUACCAGACGAGGAGACUAUAUUUCAGGCGCUGAUGAUGUGGGUGCGGUACGAUGUCCAGCAUCGCCAGCAGGAUUUAGGAGUGCUUUUAGCUUACAUACGCCUGCCUCUUCUACCCCCACAGCUUCUUGCCGACUUGGAGAACAACAAGAUGUUUUCAGACGAUCUGGAAUGCCAGAAGCUUCUAAUGGAAGCCAUGAAGUACCACCUAUUGCCGGAACGCCGGCCCAUGUUCCAGAGCCCCAGGACUAAACCCAGAAAAUCCACUGUAGGAGCGCUCUAUGCUGUGGGAGGCAUGGAUGCUACCAAAGGAUCUACAACCAUAGAGAAGUACGACCUACGAACGAAUACAUGGAUCCAGGUGGGGGUGAUGAAUGGCAGGAGGCUACAGUUUGGUGUGGCUGUGAUUGACAACAAGCUGUAUGUUGUGGGGGGCCGGGAUGGGCUGAAGACAUCAAACAUGGUGGAGUGUUACAACCCCUUCAACAAAGUGUGGUCCACUAUGCCUCCGAUGUCAACACACAGACAUGGACUUGGCAUAGCUGUUUUGGAAGGCCCCAUGUACGCGGUGGGAGGGCAUGAUGGGUGGAGCUACCUGAACACAGUGGAGAGGUGGGACCCCCAGGCCCGACAGUGGAAUUAUGUGGCCAGCAUGUCCACACCGCGAAGCACUGUGGGAGUCACCGCACUCAACGGAAAAUUGUUUGCGGUUGGCGGUCGAGAUGGGAGCUCAUGUCUGCGUUCCAUGGAAUGCUUCGAUCCACACACCAACAAGUGGAGUAUGUGCGCCCCCAUGUCGAAACGUAGAGGAGGUGUAGGUGUGGCCACGUACAACAGCUUCCUCUAUGCUGUUGGUGGCCAUGAUGCCCCAGCGUCCAACCACUGUUCCAGGCUCUCGGACUGCGUAGAGAGAUAUGAUCCCAAGACCGACACGUGGACCACCGUGUCCCCUCUGAGCGUCCCAAGGGAUGCUGUAGGUGUGUGUUUGCUAGGAGACAGGCUCUACGCUGUCGGGGGAUAUGAUGGGACAUCUUACCUGAACAGUGUUGAAUCCUAUGAUGCACAGAAAAAUGAGUGGACUGAGGAGGUCAAUCUAAACAUUGGAAGGGCUGGAGCCUGUGUUGUAGUUGUUCGAAUAGCUUGAGGACUACAAAUUCCUUCAAACCCCUUGUGUCAGACAGUAAACACUCAGGUCAUGAUGUCACCACUAAUUUCACUGAGGAUAUGGUUCUCUUAGACACUGCCCCUUAAAUUGCGGGCGUCUGUCAAAUGACUGAUCUACAAAUAAACAUGCAUCCUAAAUAACCGGUCAUUGUUGUCCCCCACAAUACAAUUGGGAAAGGGACUAUGGAUUGAUGUUUGUCCAUGUCUGGUUUGUGCAUAUGUAUAUUUGUGUGUAGAUUAUGAGAAAUAUAUCAAUCAAUACGAUCAGAUUAAACUGCAGAGAUACGCACAUUUUCAAUGGUGCUAAAACAAGCAAAUGUAUAUUCAAAUUUUGCAAUAUAAUGCCUGUCACCCAAUUUGACAUGAAGUCAUUUUUGCCAAGGGAGGCAGUGCAUCAUUUGUGGGGGGCGACAAGUUUACCUUUGUUAUUUAUAGAUCAGUCAGUCACAAUUUAACCACGAUACAUUGCGGUUUAUAUCUUCUCGAACGCGGGCCUCUGCUUUCCUACAUUUUUCUACAGUGGAAAAAAACCUAUUCUGCAUUCUUAAAAACCAUGAUCUCUAUUAAUAUUUCUUUUCAUAAGCACUUGAAAGGAGGUUCUCUUUGAUUAUCAAUGUACUUUACAAGAUCUGCAGAUCAAGAAUUUGCAUAGUUAUAGGAAAGUAGGAAACUCUGCCUCCCUGGUUUAUAUGGUUGCAUAAAAUGCCCUUUGAGAAAUGUCUGAAAAUAUACGCUAUGUGAUAGUAAGUAAAAACAUUAUAUUUUAUUUAGAGAUUCUUGAAAGAUCGGACAAUCUCUACCAUCACUAAACCAUUUGUUACUGUCCAAGAGGCUAUUCCUUUACUUUAUUGGAAGAUGUUACACAAAUCAUUUAUUGGAAGAUGUUAUACAAAUAUCUAAAAUUAAAUCUAUUUGAUGUCAAGUUGCUACAUGUUGCUCCAUGACUAAUUCAGUUAGCCUUUUGGCAUGUACAUUUUUUCCAGAUUAAUGACAUGAAACAACCCCUAUUAAUUUAGUCUAGUACAGAAAAUGUAGUUUACCAAUAUUUUGCAGAGAUUAAAAUAUUUGUUUCCAGAAUAUUUGAACAAAAUGUGUCUUAGCCAUCAGUGACAGCAUUCACAAACAACUGACUGAGAUGACUACAAAGGCUGAAAAUAAACAUAUUUUAAAUUAGCAAAUAACAAUAUUUUUCUAUACUUAACAAUUAUAAGAAAUGUAUCCAUUCUAUCUGAUUCUUUGGAAAUCUUAUUGAUAUGAAAUUAGACAAACUCUGAUGAAUGCUUUAUACAAAGUUGAAUAAAAAAAUAUAUUUACUUACUCAUUCUAAUGGUAUACAAAGUGGACAAUUUGGUUUUAAGCACUAGUAAAAUGAAUAUAUUUAAACCAAUAUGUGUAUGCUAUCAGGCAGAGUUAAGAGUUUAUAGUUUUGACCAUGUUUUUCCCUCUUCCUUUUAAGCACUGACUUUGCUGAUAGGUAAAUCAUUGAGUAAGGUGUACUUACUAUUAAUGGAUUGUGUGGUUGUUCCAUCUAGCUUGUAUUUUUAAAUGCAUUAACACUGUCAGUGCACAGUUAAUGCAUCUUACACUAACUCAAAUGUAGAAUGUCAAUGGUGAUUUUAAUAUUGUUGGUUUAAAACCUUCAAAAAGAAUGUUAAAUAACCUGAGGGAUCUUGCUGCACUGUCCCUAAUGAGAACAGGAAAGAGAGGUGUUUAUUCUUUUUGACAGUUUAUCAAAUAAUUUUUUAGAAAUCACAGUUUUCAGAGAAAUGUUGACCUUACAACAUAAGGUCUUUGGAUAUUAGGAUUAUUUGCUUCAGAAAACGGCAUGUUUUAAAAUGUUUAAUAUAGAAAGUAUUACAAAAAAUGUCCAAAACAAAUCUUUGCUAAAAUGCAAUACCUCUAACUUUCAAAUGUGGACUCAAGUAAUUGUAAAAAUAACCAAAUCAGCGAAUGUUUUCCUGCCUGACAGGAAUUGUCCUGACUUUCAAGAAUCCCUGAAUUGUAUGUAUUGUAUGAACACAACAGCAUUCAUAUUUUCAAGUUUUAUACUAGUGCAUUCCUGUCUUUAAGCCAAUUGAAAAUCAAAUGUUCUUGAAAAGGGAAACAUAGGGAAACAAAAAAAUGACAAAUAUUUGUUGAAAUACAUAAUCCUGUGUGACUUAGUGUUGGACUGUCUGUCAUAGUUGUCACCUCAGUCACUCAGAGAGAGCAAGGGAGGGAUAGAGCUAGUAUGUCACAACGUUAUGGUUCCCUCCCCUUCACUGCAACACUAUGAAUAGAUAUGUUUUACUUUAAAAAAUAUAUAAUAUAUGGAAUCGCAGGUCUUUGAAGUAAAUAUCCUUUUGUCGCAUUGAAUAUCAGGAAGCCCAGGCAGAUGUGGGAUGGAACAUAUACACAGUGUUUUAAAUAGAUAUACUGUGUAUGUACAGUAAAUUAAAUAUGAUUUUCUGUCUAGUGGCUUUUACAGUUAGACACCAUGCUUAUCAUUGCUUGGCAGAGAUCCCAGAGAAAAAUAUUAGAUUAUGAACGUGUGUCACCAAUAUAUUUGAGGAUGUAUAUGCUGGAUCUCCCAGUCAAUUGGGCUUCACAAACAAUGUAGGUUCACUGUGACAGAACACUAUAAUCUGCAUAGAUCUGCAUUGUUCCACUACAUAAUAUAAAGCGGUGCAGUAAAGAGAAAUAGCACUAGCUCAGCCUCGCUCUCCUGGAGUGAGAGUGGUGCACAGUGAUAGACAGUCUAACACUGAGUUAGAGAGGUUUUACAACAUUUUCCAUUGUUCUCCUUUAAUAACGUGUCUCUGUUGCUAAAUGGUUUAACCCAUGGGGGUACUCCUUAUUAAGAUUCAACUCUUGGUUUUAAAAGAAGGAACACUAAAUAAUACUGAAAAUGAUGAGUUUGCUAAGUGCUUGACAAGAUUCCUUGCUAAACCCAAUUUAAAAGUCACUCAUGAAAAAACACUCCUGGCUAUAUAUCAUUUCUAGAAAUGAAAUAAAUAGAACAGAUACAUUUCAAACUUUUCAAACAGAAAUAAUUUUUUCUCCAUGAAAGCUGUAGCUCAAUUACACCAAAGUCAUUAACUUGUUUAUUAAAUAUAUUUUAAAUGUUUAAAGAAAAUAUGUUUACACAGUUGUUAAAAUACAAAUAUAUCAUAUUGAUAUUUCACAUUACUGCAAAGAAUAGUGCAAGCUUGCCAAAAUGUCAUCUUUAUAACUUCAUACCGAUCUUAAACCAGUUAAUUUUUUGCCAGAGUGUUCUUUUUUAUAUUGGCAUGUUAGCAGAAAGUUAUUUGUAAUUACAAAUAUUCUUUAUGGUUGAUUUCAUACUCUUUUGGACAGUUUCACACACCGAUUAGAUAAAUUCAUGGACUGAAAGUGUUUUUAUUGGAGAAUAUGUAUGCUAUUUAGUUUAUGUUAAAGCGGCAAUCAGUAGUAGAUACUAAUAAAUAAAAAUGUAUUUUGUUAAAAAGCUGUGGGAUGGAGAUGGAGAAAUGUCAAAUCUCAAAUAUAUAGAGUUAUGAAAGCAACCUUUUAUCAAAAUGAUUGCAACUAUGGAUGGCCACUAGGUUAAACUGACAUCUCUUUAAAUUAUCUGUACAUGCUAAAAUUACUCCACAGCUGAUCAUAAUUGCAUCCCACAGUUAAGUGGUGAUUUAUCAGUUUCUAAUGCAGAUGUCAAAGAUGUAUUUUAGUGUUGAUUGUUGCUCUCUAGUUGGAGUUAUCACGACAAAAUUACAUAUAUCACAAUCAUCAUGUUCAAUUGAAAUAUUAUGUAUUUUCUAAUUUCUAAGACAGCUCUAAUGAGAAAAAUAUUUUAUGAAUGCACCUUUUAUAUUUUUCCAAUUCAUGUAAUCCAGAACAAAAUAACUGUUGUAAAAUGUGUUUGUUUCUUACAACACUCCCAUGACGCCAUGUUGAAAAUGUAUAACUAUAUUAACUUAAUUAUCAUUUUCAUCAUCUGUAUUGUUCAAAAUUAAAAUGUAGGCAAUAACUGUUUAGUCAGAAGGCGCUCUUAUCCAGAACCACUUACAGGAGCAAUUAAAAAAGUUUCACCUUGUUGGCUGUUGAAUUCAUAUAAUUUAUCUUUCUGUUUGGUCAUCCAAGUAGGCUGUCUCCAAUGAAGUUAUUUGAACUUAUUCUAUAUUCUUAUGCUCCAAUAAGUAUGUUUACGGCUAUGCAUCAUCUGGUCAUCUGGUGACAAUGUUGUCAAAUAGUGUUGUCCAUCAUGUUGUCAACAUGGCAGCAUACUGCAUUGUCUGUAUGUUGGAAUUUUCAAACUUGUUCUAAUUGGGAUGGAAGAUCAACAUUGUUCAUCAAUAGCAAUCAUUUUGACACGGGAAAUCACAUUGUACUACCUAUUAAUUCAAGGUUAAUUUGUGUUACUUUUGUUUCAACCCAACUUUGACUCUGUGAAUUGAAAGGGACACUUGGCUCACAAGAAUACAGCCCUGGUCUGAAACGAAUGGCAUCAAAACAGGCACAUAGGGACCCUAGCACCUGUCCCAGAUUAUUUUAAUCACAUCCAUGUUUUUGAGCUAUAUAAUGUAUGUUUAAAUGUACUUUGUUGAGUAAAACUAACUCACUGUAUAUUUUGGGUUCUGAAGGGUAUGACAUUUUAAGUAAUAUGAGAUAUAUUCUUCAAGAAACCAUGGGUAGACAGCAAUAAGCAAAAUUCCAAAUAUGGAUGUUUUAUCAACUGAUUGCCCCUUUAAGAAUGUAAUACUUUAUAGAUACUUUAUAGAUAAAGUAUAAAUACUUAACUUACUACGUUAUUACCGGGUGUAAAAUCUCUGAAUGUGGCUUGUCGUAGUGCUACAUUAAUCUGGAAUUUGACAGCGUAGGAUUGCUUAGCUUACACUGAUGACCACUAAGCUUGUAACCAUGGAAUACUCCAUUUGUUUUGACAUGCUGUAUGGCCAAAUGUCAAUUUUUUUAUUAUGAUUUUCUACUGCAUGCCGAUCUAAAAAAUAAAAUAAUUUCACU